AUGGAAACUGAAGUACCAGAAAACGUUACGAUUAAUAAAGAUAAAAGUAGGAAAAAGAAGGCUUGUGCGGACCAAUGGAAAAGAAAUGUCAGAAAGUGUCUUAGAAAUUCAGGCCAAAAAUACACCAAUGUUAACGGUAAUUUUAUACAAGCUCGCAGUUUAGGUCCAUCUUGCAAUCCCUGUAAACGAAAAUGUGAUGAAAAAUUCACGAUACAAGAAAGAACACAGAUCUUUAAAAAUAUUGGUCAAUGGAAAAUAUAA